CUCUGGACCGAGAGAGCGAGAGGAAGGAAGGGGACGUUUGACAAGUAGUUUUUGUGGAAAGAGACACAGCAGACAUGGGGGUCUUCCCAAUACCUCUUCUGACUGCCUCAUUCUGGGGGAAAAGGCUUUAAAGGGUAGAACAGGGAUUACACAGUCACACACAGACACACACACUCAUGCCAUGGAAGGGGACAGUGGUGUCACAGCACACACAGAGGGUCUGAAUGGUGUGUUCCAUCAUGAAUGUCAAGAGACAGAGGAGCUAACCAAUGGCCACUUCAACCACAAACCUGUGAUGAAUGGACUGAUGCCAGGUCAUAGUGUGAAAGAGCACGGCAACGGUAGUUCAGUGCUCAAAUCUCUGCCAAUUUCAGCUCUGAAGCAGAAUGGCCUUCUGCAGUCCCUGGCAGCAGGAGGAAAGCAACCCAAGACAGAAAGGGAGAGUGCGGAUGUGGAGCAGGCUAGAGAGGAGUGGGAGGCUCUAGAGAGUAUCCAACCAGUGGUCAGUGAGGAGUCCAGUCCCACCCCUCUCAUCUCCUUUAACGAGGCGCUGCAGCACUUCCAGACUACAGACCUUGGAGAGCUGCUGAAGAAGAUCCAGCCCACCAUUCGCAGGACGGGUCUGGCCACUUUCACACACUUCCUGUUCGGCCCGCCGCGACUUCAGCGGGAACUACUGGAGGAGAGGGACCUGGUCUUUGCCAUCGCACAGCGUUCUCUGGAUAACAGUCAGGCUGUACAUCUGCGUGUUCUACAGACCAUCUAUAAGAGGCUGACAGGCAGUAAGCUGGACUGUCCUCGGUUCGGGACACACUGGGAGAAUGUGGGCUUUCAGGGUACGGACCCAGCCACAGACCUGCGUGGUACAGGUUUCCUGGGGCUGAUGCAUGCCUUGUACCUGGUAAUGGACCCUGAGACGCUGCCUUUAGCCAGAGACAUCUUCAAGCUGUCCCAGCACCCCACACAGAACUUUCCUUUCUGUGUGAUGUCCAUCAAUAUGACCUGUAUCGCCCUGCAUGCACUCAGAGAAGAGGCCCUCUCCAAGGAGUGUAACCGUCGACAGCAGGUAGUGGGGGUGUUGAAUGAGUUCUACGUUGCCACGUUCCUGCACCUCUACCAGCUGUGGAAGAGCCAGCAGAAGACCAUAUCUGACUCCGGCUUCGUCCUGAAAGAAGUGGAGCUGUUUGCCAAAAAGAACCCCAAGCAGAUGCUGCGUCGACUGGACGUCUUCUUGAGGGAGAGGAGGUACCCGGACCCCACGGCCCAGCGACCCUCACCCUGCCUGGGGGGGAGAGGGGCCAGGUCUGAGGGAACCAGGGGCAAGGAGAUGCACUUCACUGGAGUGUGUGAGCUACCACUAAACAUGGAGGGAGAGGCCAGGCUCAUCUGACACACAGAGAGUCUGUGUGUACGGCUCGACUAGUCUGAGCUAGAAAGAGGGUGUGUUUGUGUCAGUUGUGUGUGUAGGGACCCCACCAAGCUUUGACCCACUCCCUGCGGUCCUUUCCCAUUGAUGCUGUAAAACUGCUGUCAGAACAGUUUGUAUGGAGUCACUGACUCCUCUCCCAACAGAAGUACUUGUCGGUGUGGCAUGGGACUGAUGGAUGAAUAGAAUAUGUCAUUAAAUAGAGAGAGAGAGAAUGAAAGGUGAGCGUUUCAAGGACUGGUGUGGGUGCAGGCUUUGCUCCAGACAAGCAGUAGCACACCUGAUUCUACUAAUCAUCCAAUCAUAGUUGGUUUAUUGAGGCCAAAUCAGAAGCUUCCAAACCCCAGGGCUUCUAUCUGUCUGCAGCCCUAGUAGAGUUUUGGAAGGGUGUAGGGUCAAUGACUGACUUCUACUGUCAGCAGAACUGUGUGUGCGUGCACUAGGUAUGGAGAUUAAGGUGUGUGUUGGCUAUAGUUGGAACAGUGAGGCCUGUGUUUCUGUAUGUUGUCAGGUCGAUAUGUGUGUGUCUGGGUUCGGAUGGUUCUUGUCCCAGUGCAGGUUAAAUAGGUGUGUGUGUGUGUGUCUGGGCUCGGAUGGUUCCUGUCUGUCCCAGUGCAGGUUAAAUAGGCUGAUGUGUGUGUGUGUCUGGGCUCGGAUGGUUCCUGUCUGUCCCAGUGCAGGUUAAAUAGGCUGAUGUGUGUGUGUCUGGGCUCGGAUGGUUCCUGUCUGUCCCAGUGCAGGUUAAAUAGGCUGAUGUGUGUGUGUGUCUGGGCUCGGAUGGUUCCUGUCUGUCCCAGUGCAGGUUAAAUAGGCUGAUGUGUGUGUGUCUGGGCUCGGAUGGUUCCUGUCUCAGUCCCGGUGCAGGUUAAAUAGGCUGAUGUGUGUGUGUGUCUGGGCUCGGAUGGUUCCUGUCUGUCCCAGUGCAGGUUAAAUAGGCUGAUGUGUGUGUGUCUGGGCUCGGAUGGUUCCUGUCUGUCCCAGUGCAGGUUAAAUAGGCUGAUGUGUGUCUGGGCUCGGAUGGUUCCUGUCUCAGUCCCGGUGCAGGUUAAAUAGGCUGAUGUGUGUGUGUCUGGGCUCGGAUGGUUCCUGUCUGUCCCAGUGCAGGUUAAAUAGGCCCAGAGCCCCUAGUUGUUUGGGGGAUAUAUUUUUUAAUAAUUGAAAAACUAUUUUAGUCCUUUCCUAAGGGAUAGAUGCCAUAACAAUACAUGAAAUGAUACUGUAUAUGAAAAUGAUAUAUUAUAUUAUGGAUAUAGCACUUGAUGAUAGUGGCAGAAUGAGAGGGACUUCUUCUGCUAAGAAACUCAGGAAGACUGUUCAAAUGAUUCGCUGUUCCCUGUAUAGAGUUCUACUAUUGACCAUCUUCCCUGUAGUGAAUAGGGUUUUACUUAGUGAAUAUGGGUUUCACGUAGUGAAUAGGGGUUUCACGUAGUGAAUAGGGUUUUACGUAGUGAAUAGGGGUUUCACGUAGUGAAUAGGGUUUCACGUAGUGAAUAGGGGUUUCACGUAGUGAAUAGGGUUUUACGUAGUGAAUAGGGGUUUCACGUAGUGAAUAGGGGUUUCACGUAGUGAAUAGGGUUUUUACGUAGUGAAUAGGGGUUUUACGUAGUGAAUAGGGGUUUUACGUAGUGAAUAGGGGUUUCACGUAGUGAAUAGGGGUUUCACGUAGUGAAUAGGGGUUUCACGUAGUGAAUAGGGGUUUCACGUAGUGAAUAGGGUUUUACGUAGUGAAUAGGGGUUUCGCGUAGUGAAUAGGGGUUUCGCGUAGUGAAUAGGGGUUUCGCGUAGUGAAUAGGGGUUUCGCGUAGUGAAUAGGGGUUUCGCGUAGUGAAUAGGGGUUUCGCGUAGUGAAUAGGGGUUUCGCGUAGUGAAUAGGGGUUUCGUGUAGUGAAUAGGGGUUUCGUGUAGUGAAUAGGGGCUUCGUGUAGUGAAUAGGGGCUUCGUGUAGUGAAUAGGGGCUUCGUGUAGUGAAUAGGGGCUUCACGUAGUGAAUAGGGGCUUCACGUAGUGAAUAGGGGUUUCACGUAGUGAAUAGUGUUUCAUUUGAGAUGAGCAUUUAGACUGGUCAGUCAAGCCAACAGCUAUUGGCUGGUUUAGUCUGACCAGUGAUAGAAGUCGUCUGGGAGGUUUUCUACAUGCAUUCCGUUACAGAGCAUCCAACUGGAGUUGAUUGACCAGUGCCAGAGUAAUGUCAGUCGUGUGUGUUAUCUGACUCGAUCGAUAGUGCACACAAAUUACACACGUGCCUAACUAAAGGUUAGUGUCCAGAGAUGAUCUUUUUCUAAAUGAUGAAUUGAUAGUGAUGAUAACAGUGAAAGGUGUGUCUCUAUGAAGGUGCAAAGUAAGCAAUCCCAACUCUGUCAGAGAUCACAAUAAUACUGGUGUUUGUGUGUGUGUGAUGGUACAGUAUGACAGGGGAGCGUACCUCUGCAGUCACAAUCAGUAGCAUGUUCAGGUAGCACCGGUACUGUAGCUUCCUUGUUGUUUUACCUUCCUUGUAAAGCUUGUUUCUCUUGGUCAUGUGGUCUGAUUUACAGUCUUUAGCGUCGGUGCUGUUACUACAGUACAUUCACAACAUCCCCUCUACAACAGACAUGUAGUUAGUAGAGCUACUCAGUGGAUCCAUGUUUUGUGAGGUACUUGUAGAUCUUCAGUAGCCAGUUCUUAAAUAUGAUCUUUGUCUUCUGGGAUGAAAGCAGAACAAACAGGAGGGUCCUCUCUCUAAGAGCAGAUCAUCAGGUUGGAUGUAUCACUGGGUCAGGGGUUAAAGUGUACACAUCUAGAAACAUGAUAUAAACAUCUAUAGGUGUGGACAUGAUCAGCUACAAUAUGUAGCCUAUCUUGUCUUAUUGGGUUAUUUACAAGCACAUCACUAUCCACAUAUACCCCCCAUUUUCAAAAAAGGAAUACGUGCUGUUUUUUUUGCCAAGUGUAAGUAUUUUUGUUAGUCAGCUAAAUGUGCACUCUUCUAGAAUGCUGGAGGUGUGUACAGUGUGAGUGUUGCUAGGUGACUAUUAGGCUUUGUCUGUGUUGUAUUUUUAACCGACCUCGAAAGAACAGGGCCUCUAUCUCUGCAGCUAUAAUCUCAUCAUAGCCCUUGUUAAUCUGAAACAUUUACUAAAGUCAUGUAAUUUAACUGAACCUGUAUUUCAGAUUGGGAAGAUACACCAAGUUAUUUUAUUUUAGCAGAAGUGCUUGUUCCAGUUUAGUGUGUGAAUCAUGAAGUACAAAAGGUGAUUGUUACUGUGUAAUUGUUAGUAGGGUAUUCUAUUGAAAUCAGUCAGAUUUAUUUAGAAAUAAAGCAAUUUUUACAUCAGCAGAUGUCACAAAGUGCUAUACAGAAACCCAGCCUAAAACCUCAAACGGCAAGUAAUGUAGAUGUAGAAGCACAGUGGCUAGGAAAAACUCCCUAGAAAGGCAGGAACCUAGGAAGAAACCUAAAGUGGAACCAGGCUCUGAGGGGUGGCCAGUCCUCUCCUGGCUGUACUGGGUAGAGAGGAACCAGGCUCUGAGGGGUGGCCAGUCCUCUCCUGGCUGUGCUGGGUAGAGAGGAACCAGGCUCUGAGGGGUGGCCAGUCCUCUCCUGGCUGUGCUGGGUAGAGAGGAACCAGGCUCUGAGGGGUGGCCAGUCCUCUCCUGGCUGUGCUGGGUAGAGAGGAACCAGGCUCUGAGGGGUGGCCAGUCCUCUCCUGGCUGUACUGGGUAGAGAGGAACCAGGCUCUGAGGGGUGGCCAGUCCUCUCCUGGCUGUGCUGGGUAGAGAGGAACCAGGCUCUGAGGGGUGGCCAGUCCUCUCCUGGCUGUGCUGGGUAGAGAGGAACCAGGCUCGGAGGGGUGGCCAGUCCUCUCCUGGCUGUGCUGGGUAGAGAGGAACCAGGCUCUGAGGGGUGGCCAGUCCUCUUCUGGCUGUACUGGGUAGAGAGGAACCAGGCUCUGAGGGGUGGCCAGUCCUCUCCUGGCUGUACUGGGUAGAGAGGAACCAGGCUCUGAGGGGUGGCCAGUCCUCUCCUGGCUGUGCUGGGUAGAGAGGAACCAGGCUCUGAGGGGUGGCCAGUCCUCUCCUGGCUGUGCUGGGUAGAGAGGAACCAGGCUCUGAGGGGUGGCCAGUCCUCUCCUGGCUGUACUGGGUAGAGAGGAACCAGGCUCUGAGGGGUGGCCAGUCCUCUUCUGGCUGUGCUGGGUAGUGGAUAAGAAAAACAUUGCUUACCUCAAGACUUGAGACAAUUCUUCUCUUUCUCUUCUUUUGGAUGUCUGUUGACAAGGACAAUGGCUUCUCACUUCAUAUAACUGCAGGCCUUAUCUUUUCUCUUUCCGUUGUUAGACACAUACUCCCUGUGUAUUCCACACCUGAAACACUAGUGAACUAAUGCUGAAGCUGGUAGGCUAUGCAUUCUAUUUCAAAUGACACAUGCUUGAUCCACAUGGCUUUAUAUCAGCCUGACUGCAGAUCCACUCCAUGUUGACUAUGUUAAUGAUAAGCAAAUGUUCUUGUGGCUGCUACAGUAUCCACUUUCGCUGUUGUAUUGGUGAUUGUUCCCACCUUUGACCAUGUCAGGAUCAUACAGGAACAUUGUGCUGCUCCUCCAAAUUGGAUUUGCAUUCCCAAAUCAAGGUUUUGGCUUGAAUUCCUUGCAUAUGUUUCCACCCGUUAGGUCAUAUUUUAUUUUCACCGGUUAGAUCUCAGUUCAGAACCAAUAGAAAACGGGUCUAUAGGCAGCAUGCAUGGUACUGAAUAUAACAAAUCACUUCCUUAAUCUCUUGCGCUUUAUAUGAAGGUGUUCUACUGUUGCUGUUGUCGUCAUUUGUCCCCAAAAGCAUUCUAUGACUGUACCUUGAUUGUAGAAGCCCUAUUUUAUAAUGAGUUAUUUCAGAAAAAUGUGCUGAUGUACAGUAAUGUAUUGUAUGGAGAAACUUAAAUAAAUGCCAUUUAAAACACA